CAGCGCACCUGCAUGGAGCAGAGGGGCUGAGAGCUGGGAGAUGCGGGGAGAUAUUCGCGGGAUCGGGGACUGGAGGUGGCUGCUGGUCUGCUGGGUGGCCCUGGGCCUCUGCUCCGCCGGGCACACACCACCGCACAACGGCCGCCACCCUGCCCAGCGCGGCCCGGGUGCGCCCGGGUUUCGGGCCCCCGCGGGACACGACCGCAGAUGGCACAGGGUUUGCGCCCCCAUCCCAGAGGACUGUGGCCCUGGUUACUACAGACAGCGGAGGGGGCUGUACCUGAGUCAGUGCGCACCCUGCCGCUGUAACGGCCUUUCGGAUGAGUGUGAGGACGGCACGGGCCGAUGCCUGAACUGUGGUUACAACACCGCCGGUGACCACUGCGAACGCUGUAAAGAUGGUUACUAUGGGAACGCUGCUCAGGGGACCUGCCACGUCUGCCCGUGCCCCUUCACCUCGCUGUCCAACAGUUUUGCCGCUAGCUGUAGGGAGCAUCCAGAAGGAUUUGAAUGUGUGUGUAAGCCAGGCUACGCUGGACUCAGAUGUGAAAGAUGCGCUUUGGGUUACUAUGGCAACCCAAUGUCAUUCAGAGGAAGCUGUCUGCCCUGCAAUUGUGACACUGGAAUCUGUGACUCCAGGACUGGGGAGUGCAUAAAUAAUGUGGAGCCAAAUGACCCUGACGAUGGUGACCAGUGCCAAGAGUGUGACAGCUGCGUCCAGGCCUUGCUAAUCGAUCUGGAGGGGAUGGAUGACGGGCUGGAGUGGCUGAAAACCCAGCUGAAGAAUAUCAGUGGUGGAGCCGUGGCUCAGGAAGCACUGAAAAAGCUGGAGGAUACCAUUGCAGUAACAAAGGCUCUGGUGGAGAAAUACAACUCUUCUGUCUACAGCCAGGUUCCCAAGGUCAGGGUACUGGAUGCAGAUGUGAGCAGCUUUAAUGAAGAUAUGGGCCAGCUCAGAGAAAAGGCUGACAGGGCCGUCCAGACAGCACAGGAAGCGUUGGACAGCACCGACGAGACUCACCAAGGAGCCGCAGAUCUGGCAUCUGAGACCCAAAAUCUCCUCCAGAACAUACAAGACCUCCUGGAGAAGCUGAAGGGGGUGAACUCCAGUGGGAGCACGGAGGAGGUGGAGAAGAUGCUGACGGAGGCCCGGCGCCUGGUUCACCAGAUGGAGCUGCAUAACUGCACCGCCCACAGGAAGGCGGCUGAGAGAGAGAGGAAGGAGUCACGCAAACUCCUGCACUACAUCAAAUAUAACAUGACCCAGCCACAGGCCAGUAACCAGAAUGUGGCCGACCGAAUCGCUGGGUUGUUGAAACAGUAUGAAGCCAAACUGAAGGACUUGGAGGAGGCUCUGAAAGAAGCUGACCGUGCAGUGGGGAGGGCAGCUGACCACAACAGACGCAACGCCGCCGCCCUGGAGGACAUGCUGCAACGUUCAAAGGAACUGGAAAAGGAGCGUGACAUGGUUGCUGGGCAGAUUUCGAUGGCCAGGGAUCAACUAAGUAACAUAGCAGAUUUGCUAAAAAUGCUGGAAGACAUCAAAAUGGAUUAUGAAGGCCUGGCAGCUCUUCUUGAUGGGGCCAAAACCAAGCUCAUCCAGAAAGGGAACGACAUCUCCAGGGCCGUGUUGAAGGAAGCCAUCGUCGUGAGGGCCGAGAAGCACGCCGAGGAGCUCGACCGGCUGGCCAGGGAGUUGCAAGAGGUGGUGAGGAACGCCAGCGACAUCCAGGAUGUGCGCCGUGCCAUGGACACCAUCGACGCGUACCGGGACAUCAUCAACGCGAUCGCCGCCGCGGCGGAGGCGGCCGAGCGGGCGAAGGAGGCCGCCGACGUCGCUCUGAGUGAUGUAAAGAAGGAGGGCCUUCCUGACAGGGCCCAGGACCUGAGAGACCAGGCCAGCACCCUGCUGGAGAAAGCCAAGGACGCCCAGGCACAUCUGAACAUAAAAGAGAUCUUCGUUAUCCUCUUCACAGAGUCUUCAGAUGAACAGAAAGCCCUAAGGAAGCGCAUAGACGAGGCCCAGAAGAAGGAAAACAUGCUGGAGGAGGACCUUCUGAAAGCCUGGCAGAAGCUGAACGAGACCAGAAGAGAUGACAUUGCCAAAGUCUUAAGCGAGGCCAAGGAGAACGUGACUUCUGCCAAUGACACAGUCAACGACGCGAUGAAAAGGCUCAGCUCUUUGACAGAAGGCUUGGACAAGAUGAACGUGACUUCUCUCAGCUCGAACUUUGACAGUUUCCUGAAGGACCUGAACGAAACGGUGUCAAAUCUGACAGACACCCUCACCCCACUCCUGAACCAGACGGAGGAGCUGAGCUCCCAGGUCCCAGCCACCAGCAGCAACGUUUCGGAGAGCAUCCGCAGGAUUAAAGAGCUGAUCGAGCAGGCCAGGGACACUGCCAAUAGGAUCCCGGUCCCUAUGGACUUUGCGGGUGAUGGGCACGUGGAGAUGAGGCCCCCUACUGACCUGGAGGACCUGAGGGCCUACACCGCCAUGGAGCUGACCCUGCAGAGGCCCCUUACCCCCGGCAGCGGAGUUAACGGGCGCUUCCGCCGCCAGAGCUCCGGAGACAUGUUUGUGCUGUAUCUCGGCAAUAAGAACUCCUCCAAAGACUACAUCGGCAUGGUACUGAAGAGCAACGUGCUCCGCUGCAUUUACAACCUGGGCGGAGCCGAGCGUGAGAUGACAUUGGGCUCCAUCACAGAGUCCUCCUCAGAGACAACCAUCUGGGACAAGGUGGACUUCUACAGGAUCUACCAAGAAGCCAAAGUCGCUUUCACCAAAGCGUACAAUUUGAAGGACCCAGACGCUACCCUGUAUAAGACUGCCCAGGGAGACUCUGCCAGGACACUCCUUGACUUGGAUCCCAAGCAGGUGGUCUUCUACGUGGGCGGAUAUCCCAAGGACUUUCAGCCGCCAGAGUCUCUCCGCUACCCCAUGUACAAGGGUUGCAUUGAAUUCUACACUUUCAACGACCAAUUCAUCAGCCUGUACAACUUCCAGAACGCCGCCGGGGUGAACAAGCAGAAGCCUUGCAAGAGGCCAUCACCAGACAAACUGUUUAAAUACUUUGAAGGCACCGGGUACGCCAGGGUGAAAAUCAACGGCGACCAAUCCCUAUAUCGCUUUUCUCAGUUUGUAAUCAGCCAAUCAGAGAACGGCAUGUUACUUUACAUCAAAGGCCAGGACUCUCACUAUAGCAUCAAUGUAGAAAAAGGCCACUUGGUAUUGCGUGGGAGAGAAGGUGACAGAGUUCUGGAAUAUAAGAGCUCCAGUAAAGAGUUCCCUUUGCCUGAAGGCAAAGAUGUUCAAGUCAUCUUCCAGGGCAACAUCAAAAAGAUCCUGGUCCGUGUCAGGGGUGUUGAAGUCAUCAGUGCUAAUUACACGGUGGGAACAUACAAGAACUAUUACAUCGGGGGUCUCCCUGAGUUCCUGAGAGAGAGAGACCGAAUUGCCACCCCGCCGUUUAAGGGAUGCAUGUCGAACAUUAAACUGGACAGCAGCAACGUGCAGUUUGAGGAGGAGAUAGGCAUCCGUCCGGGAUGCGCCAAACAGCUGCUGACCAUUCGUGAAUCUGCGUUCCAUCUGGGCGGUUCCCUCUCUGCAGCGCCGGGGGGAUUUGGGCUGACGGGCGACGUGACAGUCUCACUGGGGUUCAGGAGCACAGAGAGCAAGGGUCUGCUGCUGAAAAACAGCCAAGGGAAUAAUGGAAUUGAACUAUCAUUGGAUGAUGGCUUUGUGGUUUUCAAAUUUAAUAACGAAGCCUGGAGGUCAAAUAAAAUGUACAAAGAUGGGAAAUGGCACUACCUGACAGCAGUGAGAAAUGGCUCAAGGAUUGAGAUGAGGGUGGAUGAAGAGGAUUUGGGACAGGCGCAGGCUCUGUCCUCUCCUGUCCCUGCCAAUGGACAGGAUAUCCUGCUGGGGGGAGGAACCUUCCAGGGAUGCCUCUCCAACCUUUACAUGAGGAGGCCCGAUAACCUGUACCGGCCGGAGAACCUGACUGCGUUUAACACCAGCGGAGAUGUGCUGCUGGGUUUCUGCACCGCAGAGCGCCCCCUGCAGGCACUGACCGCUGGGCGCUACCGUGACGGAGACCAUAGGCGGGCUGGGAAGGGAUGAGGGGAAUGCUUUAUUCCAGGAUGGAAAAAGGGACCGACAUGGAGCCGUCACAUUAUGACUUUUUCUCCGCACUUGCUUUCAGAGGAGAUCAGUGCCCAUCACCUUACCCUCAAAUUCUUCCAAGUGAAAAGUUUGGAACACAAUUAUGAUAAAUCACUGGAGAAAAAACCAGCAGUGCAUUACAGUCAGCUGGGCCUGUUUCAAAAGCAAAAGCACUUGUCUAAUAUUGUAUUUUGUUUCCAUCUGAUAUGAAAAAACACUACCAUGAAAUGAGAGCUGUGGCUCAGCAACAGUUGAAUUAUGGGAAUUUUUGCUAAUGACUGAGUUAUGCUUAAAAUAUGCAUACAGAUGGAAACGUGUAUGUGGGCAAGACAUCCAAAGAUUCCUUCAAGCUUAUUACAGUUUCACAGGACAUCAGGUGGCGAUAUGGACCAACCGCCAGAAUGGUUAGCUCCAAUCCAUUGCUUCUGCUGGUCACUUUGCGCUCCGGUCAUGACAACAUUCGUCAUCAAUCAGUCGUCGAGUC